UGUUCCCUCCAAGCAGAAAUUCAGAAAUGUCAAAAUGGCGUCAACGCAGGACGCUUGGUAUAUUUCUUUACUUGGUUUAGCGGAACAUUUCCGUACAUCUAAUCCUCCUGACAUAAAAAGUUGUAUACAGUGCCUACAAGCAGUGUUUAAUUUCAAACCACCACAAAGAGUCGAAGCCAGGACUCAUUUACAACUCGGAAAUAUACUUUUGACACACACCAAAAACAUCGACUUGGCGAGGACGCAUUUAGAGCAGAGUUGGUGCCUUUCUCAAACUAUCAAUGGGUUCGACGACGUCAAAUUUGAGGCGGCGAGCGUACUGGCCGAACUAUUUGAGCAGCAGGGCCAGCCAACACACUCCAAGCCAAUUCUACGGAAAGCUAUUGAGUUAUCUCAACACAGUGUUUACUGGCACUGCAGGCUAAUAUUUCAAUUAGCACAAAUUCAUGCUACAGAGAAAGAAUAUGAAGUGGCAAGUAGUUUGCUGGCGGUGGGGGUUGACUAUGCACAGAUAUCUAAUGCAGCCUACACCCGAGUGUUGUUCUUACUAAGUAGAGUUAUGUUACUGCUAAUAGACAAAAAGAUACAAGAGGUCCUGCCUCUGCUGAAUCAGGCAGGUCACCUGGUGGACUCGUGGACAGGCAGUCCGCAUCAGAAGGAGUAUCUGAAGGUUUUCUUCCUUGUACUGCAGGUAUGCCACUAUCUGAUGGCUGGGCAAGUGAAGAGUGUGAAGCCGUGCCUCAAGCAGCUGCAACAGAGUAUCCAGACUAUAAUGGCACCCACGUGGCCAGACGACGAUGCGGUGUGCGGCACCGCGGCGGGCGAGUCGUUCGUGUGGCUGUCGCGACAACAGCUGUACGUUCUGGUGUAUUUGGUCACGGUGAUGCAUUCCGCGCAAGCAGGCUACAUGGACAAGGCGCACAAAUACACGGAGAAGGCGCUCGCGCAGAUUGACAAGUUGACUGCUCAGGGCGGCGGCGAGGCGGGCGGGCCGGCGCCGGCCAUGCCGCGGCUGGGCCCGCGCAGCGGCGCGGCGCUGGCGUGGCGGCUGCGGCUGGCGCUGGUGGAGCACGCGGCGCUGUGCCGGCUGGUGGCGGGCGGCAAGGCGCAGGCGCUGCACGAGAUCGCCAGGGCUGCGCAUUUGCUCACCAUCGCGCCGGAAGCGAGCAGCGCGGCGGCGCACACGCCGCAGCUGCACUGCCUGCUGGGUCUGUACGCGAUGUCCAUGAACUGCAUGGAGGCGGCGGAGGCGCAGUUUCACACUGCCAUCAAUAUGUCACAAGAACGCGAUCUAUGGAUGUUCGCAAAGUUAAACCUGGCUAUAGUGUACCUCAGGGCGAGAAGAGACAACGAACUUACACAAUUAAUGGAACAGGUGAGGCCCGAAGCUUUGCCGACUUACGCGCACGGCCUCCGCGCCGCCUCGUACUACGUGCUGGGGCUGCAGGCCUUCUUCCAGGCGAGAUACAACGAGGCCAAGCGAUAUCUCAGAGAAACGCUCAAGAUGGCCAACGCUGAAGACCUGAACCGUCUCACGUCGUGCUCGCUCGUGUUACUCGGACACAUCUUCCUGUCCAUCAACAACUCGCGCGAGAGCAUGAACAUGGUGACGCCGGCCAUGCAGCUCGCCAGCAAGAUCCCCGACCUCCAUGUGCAGCUCUGGGCCUCCGCUAUACUCAAAGAUUUGUACCGGCUAGCGGGCGACUCGGACCGCGAGAACGAAGCUUACCAAAUGCACUGCAACUUCUCGCAAGCAUUACUCAAAGACCACUUCACGGCGACGCAAAUGCCACAACACGCGCUAGUGCAGUGGACCACCGGCCCGCCGCCCGCGUUACCGCCGCCACCCAAUGUCAGUCACAACACAUAGUGACCCGUAGGCAUAGACAAGGAGGGAUAGACUAAUUGUACAUUGAAUAAUCAUAGAGAAGAAAUUGACAGAUCCUUCUUAGAAAACUCUAAAGGUCACUCAAUAUAAGGACAUUGACCUUUGGCAAUGGGGAUGUAGACAAAUUGUACAAUAAAUGAGUAAAAGAUGGCUGGAAGAAUCUAAAAAUGCGUAAAUGAAUGGUGAUGAUGCAGCGGAGAAUUUGCAUCAGUCUAUCAACAUUGAAAGGAUAAUUCAGUUAUAAAUAGAACAAUAAAUCACAGAAAAGUUGUCAAACAGAUUCCUUUGUUCAAAACCUUAAUGGUAAAGUAAACCAUUAUUAAAAUUAAAGUGAAGAAAUAAAAAUAAAGUGAACCUUUUGACUGGAUGCCGCAACAUGUGUUUGUUCGGUGGAUUACCAGCGUAACCCCCACCACCGCCCAUCAGUCACAUCACGUAAUGUACUUUAAGCAUAGAAAAAUUGAACAUUGAUAAUUUCACAAAGAAGUCUUAAGGCCACUGAAGAAAUGGAAUAUAUUAAUUGAAGUGAUUGAGUGAAUUUUGUAGUGGAAAGCCGAAAAAAGAUGAAGCAAAGAAUAUGCGUUUGUUAUAGAGAAGUCUGAAGCUACUAAAGAAAUGGUAUUUAUAUAGUUGUAUCAUUGUAAAAUCGUUUACCAACUUAUGCUAUUGAUAAAUUGAGCAUUGAACAAGAAGGUAAAACUUGAUUGCUUUAUUCGAAAACUUCAUGGUACAAUCAACCAUUACAAUUUAAGUGAAGAAUUAAAAAAAGUUAACCAUAAAACUGGAUGUUGCAUAACGCGCUAGUUAAGUUGACCAACCAAUUCCAUUCCUGGAUGUGGCCUUAAGUGGAUUUUGCCCGUCUGCCCAAAAGAAGCAACCAGGAGAAACAUCAAGAGAUUGGUUGAUCUUAACACAGAAGCAUCUGUUGUUUUGUUCUUGGUUGUAAUGCAAUGCAUAGAAUAGAAACAAGGCUGCAAUGUUUUGUUUAUCUGCAGAAAUAUGGGCUUAACAUAUUUAGUAUUGUUACUUAGUGCAGUGAUGUGAUUAGUUGAUGAUAAUAGAUGAUUAAGCCAAUCAGUGAUGGACAGUGAUGAUUUGUCCAUAUAGUGAACCUACUUCAUCGAGACUAUAAAAGUUUAGGACUUUCUGGCCUAAAAAGACAAAUAAAAAGUGAUAUUUCGCAGUGACUUAACUUAGUGGGCUCAUGUCCAUGAUCUGAUUAGUGACUUGUAAAUUUGUGUAUUUUCACAGUAUGGUUGUAUAUUUGUAUAAGUUGCCUUCCAUUGGUUGAUUUAAUUUUAAACAUAGAAUUAACUUUCCAUUGAAACUGUUUGGAUAAUGUACUGAAAGAACAUAACCCAUAGAAUUUGUUAUUCCUUCUGGAGUUACCUUAUCUUAUUAUAAGAUCCCUCUGGUCUUAGUCCUGGUUAUAUCCUCUUAGAAUUUGUUCUUUCUUCUGGAGUUACCUUAUCUUAUUAUAAGAUCCCUCUGGUCUUAGUCCUGUUUAUAUCCUCUUAUUGAACAUUAAAAGUUUCACAGAGAAAUCAAUUGUUUUACAGAGAAGUCAAGUCAAAAGAGAGGAGCCCAGAGUGCACCUUUGAACAUGAUGGAUUUUAUUGAUGUAAAAACCUGACUUACUUCAAGUCAGGCAUUACAAAUAAAUAGACAAAAUACUAAGGUUUCAAUAACCAGAAUACAAAUGAUGAUUCUGUAAAUUUAAAUGGUAGGGGUUCGAGCAGUGGGCCGCUAUAAUUAAGUACUCUGUUAAGUAUUUUUUGAGAUGAUUAUAAUUUUAUAAAAAUUUAAAGUGUUUGCGAGAUUUUAGUUCGUGGCGUACGACUAGUAUAGCUAGGUGUGUAAUGGCCUUGAAUCAUACGACUGGCAACACUGACAAUCAGUCGCUAGUCGGCCGCACGCUGCACCGGUUUUGGUAGGCAUAAUUCUUGUCCGAGUUGGUAUGACCUAGCAGGUAUGAAAUCAGCGGCACGCUGCACGAACCCACUUAUUUACACCUUCCUCUAUAGCUUCAAAAUUAAAGUUUUUACAUUAGGUACUACCAAUUCCUAUGCAUUGAAAGCUUUGUCCUAUAUGUAGAAAAAUAUGAUUAGUGUUCCAAAAAUCAUAUUUUUCUAAAAUUGUAUGUAGUAAUAGUAACAUAUUCCAAUGCCUCAGACAGAUAAUGUAAUGUUCCCAACAUAAAAAAAAUAUGUUGUACUGUAAUGUUUCCAUUGUUGACAUAUUAUUUUGGUAUGUUGCCUCAUAUAAAAUAUUGUUGUCAUCAUAUAACAUUAUUUUCCACUUUGAUUUAAAAUGGAUAACAAUUAGUUGCAUUGUUUCAAUUCACAUCUUUGGAAAACACAAUAUUUUGGAAAAUUAAAAUAUAAAAAUUAAUUUCAUCAGAAUGUUUAUAUUACACCACAUUCCAAAUGAUUUAUUGUUUUUGGUUUUAAACGACUUUGUAUGAAGAAGACAAUUUAAUAUUAAAUUCAGUUGAUCUUUUUAUCAUAGCUUUUUAUGGUAAGUUUUAAUAUAUUAUUAAAUUUCAAAAAUCAAGAAGUUGUAAUAUCUAACAUUUAUAAUAUAUACUUAAUAGUUGUUGUAUGUAUAAUACUUUUAUGUGAUGGCAACAAGGCAAAUAUUUUUAUUUCAAUAAAACCAGUUAAUGUUAUGACAAUAAUUUCAUAUCAAACUUGUCUGUGCAUGUAAUUUGUCUGUGUUAAUGUCUAAAUUUAGUAAUUGUUCACAGCCCACCCUUGAAUGUUACACAUUAUUUGUAAAUCAAACUUUGUGAUUUGUAUGCAUGUGUCUGCGAGUCAAUUUCUAGGGAUAUUUAAAUCGUUCCUACCCAUUUGUGUUAAUAAUGACUUAACUCCCCAGAUAUUUGGAGAUGUUUUCGCGUUUGACUGCAUGUUUGAAGCCAACCUUGUGCAAAUUUUGGUGUUAUUUUUAUCGAUAAAUUUUCACCUUCUACACCAGAAUAACUGCUAUAGAAAGUGAUGAAUCAGCCAUUUAACUAAGUGUAUUUCAUACGAGUAAUCUGCUAUUUUCAACUCUCAUAAUGCAUGCAAAUUUUUUCGUCAAGUUUCUUUGACGAAAAAUUUUAGGAAAUGUAACUUCAUUGUCAUUUUCAAGGGGUCUUAUUUCCAUAUCUGAUCUCAUUUUGUUUUUCUAUUGACAUUCUUUGUGAAUUUAUUUUACACUCUCGUAAAUUUCGUAUCAUAUUCUUCUCUUAUAUGUUUCAUGUCAAUGGAUGGUCAAUGAAAUUAAUUCUUUCCACAUUUUUGUUAUUAUCUUAAGACAUAGUACAAUUGAUGAUUGAAUAUGGUAAAAUUAGUUUAUCUAACUUAUUCAGUAGCGUACUUUUAAUUGAGAAUUAUUUAUGGUUAUCUUAAUUUUCGGUCUAGUAUUAAUAGGUAGUAUCGAAACAGUAUCAGUCAUUUAACUUACAACAAAAUUGUGAAUUUGUACUCACUGCUGAAAAAAGAUCUAAGACUUCCAGUACGAGUAUAAAUGGAGCUGGCUGCGUUUCAAUGUUCAAUAGUGUGCCGCGGCCAUCCAUAUGACAGUCUUACAGUCUUUUUGAAUGUACAUAAGACAAAUGAAUUGUUUACCAGAGCCAACAUUUUGUACGAUCCGCAUAGCUGAUAAAAUCCGUGUAAAUCGAUCUGGGAUUUAUGGUCACACUUUAUAUAAUGAAAAUGUAAAUAAUAUAGGAGCAACGGGCAAAUAUCUUGAAUUCAUCUUUGUAAUCUGCGAGUUGUACAUCCUGUGGCUGGCCGGACGCAAUUUCGACGUAUCAAAAAAUUUUACUUUUCUAUAUACAAAUGCCUUAAUUACUAUACGCACUGCUUACGAGUCAUUCAUAUUUGGACGAAGUAUGCAAGUACCAAUUUGCGGAGGGUAUAUGUCUGAGUCUGACAGCGGGUGUUCUGUCCGUUUUAGUACUAUAAGAGUCUAUUCUCAAACGUGGUCAAUAUUCAAGUUCGAAGAAAUUUAAAAUUAAUUUAUUCCUCAAUAAAAAUAAUUUCGACGACAAAUGAGAAAAAUAAAUUCUCAGUUCUCAGUCAAUUGAACCGACAAGUCGAACUGUGAAUGAUGAAGCUGAUACAGGAUAGCGAUACGGCCUUUAGUUUUUCUUCAAAAUUGCGUCCGGCCUAAGGCAAUAUCAAACAAUCUACUAUGAAUUUAGAAUGACUGAUGAAUAUUGUAGAUAAUGUGUCAAAUAACGAACUUUAGAAAGAACAAAACUUCUCAUAUUUAUUAUUAUUAUUUUUUUUUGUUAUAUCAAGCUUGAGCGAAUGUUGAGGGUCUACUGAUUAAUUUUAAUUAGUAUUUGAAUGAUGUUGAUUCUCAGUACUGCCGGGUUUCAUAGAAUGUGUUUCAAUAUGUUCAAAUAUAAAGGCUCAAUCAUACUGUUUUUAUACAAAAGCAUAUAAUAUGAUUACUGCUUUGGUUUUUUUUAUUCAAACACAUUCAUUGAAAAAAUUAUAAAAUUCGAGUGACAAUGUGGCCGAGUAAUUUGGCAGUUUUAUAUAUUAUAUAUUUUUUUCCUUUCUAACAGUGAUGUGGCCUUAACAAUAGGGGUACAUUUGCUGUUGUUAAUAUGUAAAU